AUGACUUGUCAUGGCUAUCAGGAAAUGCUCCAACUAAAGAUGACAACUGAGGAGUGCCCUGUCUUACAGGAACAGGCUUCCCUGGAAUGCUCCUACUGUGCCUCCUCCUGCCCCAGCAACCUGGUCUACAGCCCUGACCUCUGCUCUCCCAGCACCUGCCCACUGGGAUCCUCUCUCUACAGUGGCUGUCAGGACACCUGUUGUGAGACCAGCAGUUGUCAGACAUCCAGUGUGGUGUUCUGUCAACUCCAGAUGUCAUUACCACUGCGGGGAUUGGUUUGUGGCCAAUACUUUCUCAUCCCUAACCAUAGAUUCAGCUUUUGCUACCCAAAGUAUUUCUCUUCUAGAAGUUGUCAAUCUGUUUCUCACCAACCAGCUUGUGCAUCUGGCUUCUAUUAA